GAGCACUCUUCAACGGCUGACCGCCCAUCUGACUGCGUGCAUGAAGAGAGUCCGGCGUGAUGCCUUCCAUAGCCGAGCACGAACGGCCCGCCAGCUUGCACGACGCGCUAGAAGCAUUGGAGAGAGCUUCCAACACCCCCGCAAAGCAGCGAUCUGUCAAAGUUUCGAGCAUUGUUGAUGUGGUUUGCCGCCAUGCCUUUGAUGUGGGACUGGACCAAGACGCCCUCCGGACUGUGGUACAGAUCACGUCUGUCAAGACCGAGCUGGACCAGACAAGUGUCACCACCCUCAUCAAAAAUCUCUAUCCUGCUCAGCGGGUACCCUCGGAUGCUGUAGUCACCAUUGUCGGCGCUCUUGGACAGGGCAAAGGCAAGCCCUCCCCUGGCUCCCAGAACGGUUUCGUCAAGUGGCUCAUAACUGUCCACGAGAUUAUGGAGGAUCCCAGCAUCCUGUCGCGUCUGUACGGUGUCUUGUUCGGGCUACUCGAUUCGAUAAGCAUCAGAACGUCGUUGUGUCAUCUGCUUUCUUUGAUAACUCUCCGCAAGCACGUGAAACCUUUCAGGAUCGAACAGCUACUGGAGCUCGCCCGUGGUCUCGGUAACGAGCCUGCUCUUCAAGGCCUUCUCCGCGUUUACAAGGAUUACUACCCCGAAAUUAUUCUCGGGAGUACAUCCGCAAGCCGGAACUCAUUUCCCCCAGCACCUGAUAUCGAGUGGCGCUCAAGGAUCUUGGCAAUACAAGAACGAGCUACAGCAGCAGAAGAGCCUGGGUUUGAGACACGGAAUGGCUUCAAGGUCGCGAGGACAGGCAGAAAGAGAGUCAAGACUUCGGCAAUACCAGACGUUCACACCUUUCACGCCAACGAGACUUCGGUGACACUCGAGGGCAUCGACAAUGUGGAAGACUUUGUUGAGAAGCUAGAGGUGUUCGAGGUCCCCGGGCAGAUGGUCUCGUUCCUCACCGAUCCACUUCUACAAAAAUUCGUCGAGCUAAGCGGCUCACCAAUCAUUACAAAACGGAUCCAGCUAUGGCUGUCAAUGUGCCUUGAAGAUCAAUACAAUGCAAUUAAAGAGGAUUCGGUGGAUUGGCGCUACUUUUCCGACAUCCUUGAUGGCUUGCUCAAGCAUGCACAGUACACAAAGAAGCUGCUCCCGAUUGUGCAGACAUUUCUAAAAGAGUACCUGCUUGUUUGGGACGGCGUGCAGAAUGUUGAUAUCAUUCUCAACCUAUUGUCCUAUCUUCCAAUACACCCUUUCGCAGAUGCACGUGUAACCUACCUACAACCACUCGAGCGUUGCAUCCUACCUCACGGCCUCCAAGCAUGCGAACGCCUUAUCGAAUUCUACGCCUCGCUCUUUCGUCAGUGGUCAAACCAAGCAUCCCCCCAACCCUCCCACUCCAGCUCUUCCCUUGCACACCCCGAUCAACGCGCUCUGCACGAUCUUGCCACACAUGUCUCGAUUCUCUCUUCAUCGUUACUCCUUUCGCUGUCAUCCGGCUCUUCGUCCGCCACCAGCAUGGUGUCUACCAUCCUAACAUUCUACGAGCAACUCUCCACGAUAUCUACACCGCACCACAUUCCCAUCGUCCUUCCUCCAAUAUCCCUCAUCUACCUCCUUACCAUGGAACCCAGCACGACUACUUUUGCCCGCGUGGCCGGCAUUAUCGCAAACUACAGACACGCUUUCAGCGCUCACCCCGCCCCAAUACAAAUCUACUACCCAGAAAAGAUGACCAGUUCUUUCAACACUGCCCUACGCGAUUUGUACCACUUGCUCUGGAUGUCGAAAGCCCUUAUCGCCGAACCUCCAAAGUCCGUGGGCCUGUACUGCGCGCCUGAGCUAAGCAACGCUCUACACACGUACCUUACACAAGCAGACCGCGAAUACAAUAUCAGGACCGCAUUCAAUAUAUCAAACAACCCACUUCUAGCGUCGAUAUCGCUGGCUGCAUGGGUCGCCAUCGAGAACGAGGAAAUCGAAAAGGAAGGUUACGAUCCCGACGCCAUUACGCGGCACGCCGGCCCCGUGAGCCAACGGAAGCUGGAGAUGCUGAAAGCGGCUGGAGGCGUGAAUGUCGAUUGGGAUGCGUACCGGGUGCGCGUGCUCAAGUGGAUGGAGGAGAGGGGUUUGGCGGGCCCGAAGGAGUUCAUGUUUGCGGCGUCCAAUCAGCUGAAGGCAAAGUAUGGGGGAGAGCUAUAGGGUCAAUUGGUUGAUGAGCGUUAUCAGCGUCACCCUGCGGUGGAAAAUACUAGCGAAGCUAGAGAGCUUGACAUACAAUACCCAUAUCUUUCUGUUUGCAUAGGCCUACUCCUUCCACACUACACUCCUGGGCAUGCGGAAGAAGAGUGGUUAGAGUACAUGUCUUUCUGUCGGUGCUAAAAACAG